AUCAGUUUUGAACAACUUCACGUUAGACCUAGGAUCCAUUCCUUUGUGAGUUUUAAAGUUCCAAAACCUUUUUUAUUUGCCCUAAACCUGUCUCUCCCUCUCUCUUCUAUGUGUCUACAGAUUCUCUAGUGGUAUCGAAAUCUGACAUUGUGGGUCCAAAUAUCAUAUUUAAAUAAUUUUCAUUAGGACAUAAAGCUGUUUUAAACUGAGAAGCAUUGGCUUGGUUAGCUGUUCCCAUUAGAGCCAUGGCAAUUCAUUCCUUUCUCUUUACGAUUAGCAUUGUCUUGUGUAUUCUUCAUGCAUCCGCAGAACUCCAGAGAUUUUCACACCCUUCAAAACAUGAUGGUUCUCUUAGCUUUUUGGUGCUUGGUGACUGGGGAAGAAGAGGCGCUUAUAACCAAUCUGAAGUUGCUUUCCAGAUGGGAAAGGUUGGAGAGAAGCUUGAUAUUGAUUUUGUAGUUUCCACUGGAGACAAUUUCUAUGACAAUGGAUUGACUAGUGACCGUGACAACGCGUUUGAAGAGUCAUUCACUAAAAUUUACACAGCAAAAAGCUUGCAAAAGCAGUGGUACAGCGUGUUAGGAAAUCAUGACUAUAGAGGUGAUGCAGAGGCCCAAUUGAGUCCAAUCCUUAGGGAAAUUGAUAGCAGAUGGCUUUGUUUAAGGUCUUUUAUUUUAGAUUCAGAGCUGGUUGAGAUUUUCUUUGUAGACACCACUCCUUUUGUUGAGGAGUACUUCACUGAACCACAGGAAUACGACUACGAUUGGCGGGGCAUUAGCCCACAAAAAUCUUAUAUUACAAACUUACUUAAGGACAUAGAAUUGGCACUGAGGGAAUCAACAGCAAAAUGGAAGAUUGUUGUUGGUCACCAUGCCAUUAGAAGUGUUGGUCAUCAUGGUGAUACUCAAGAACUUAUAAUGCAGCUUCUCCCAAUUCUUCAGGCAAAUAAUAUUGACUUUUACAUGAACGGGCAUGAUCAUUGUCUUGAACACAUCAGUGACACACAGAGCCCUAUUCAGUUCCUGACUAGUGGUGCAGGGUCAAAGGCUUGGAGAGGAGACACUAAACAAAUGAAUAGAAAAGGCCUAAAUUUCUUUUAUGAUGGACAAGGCUUCAUGUCUGUGAAAUUGACUCAGACAGAUGCCACCAUUGAGUUUUAUGAUGUUUUUGGCAAGGUUUUGCAUAGAUUAACCUCUUCAAAGCUGAUGCAUUCUUCCAUAUAAAGUUUGGAGCAGGAUACUAGAGAUUGAGAUUGACAAGGCCUGCCAAAAUUGAUUGAUGAAAUUUUGAAACCAAAUCUUGAGAAUUUAUCAAUCGAUUAAAACUGGUUUUGCCUAUAUACGAAUUGUUAUUACUAAAAUUUCUAAAUUUAAGGUGGUGUAAUGUCAGAAGUAGAUGUAUUUAAUUUCAAUCCUCUUACCUUAUUAAUUUGGAAAGAUUAAGGACUUAAUAUUGUGAAAGGCAUUGAGGUAAACAUCCGAGUCAAUUAUUAAGUAUUUUGACAAUUUUCAUGAGUAUGUGCCGUAUAACCUGAUUUAUCUAUAAAUAUAUUCAAGUCUUGGAU